CCCCUACCUCCAUCUCCACCCAGCCCCUACCCCAUUCCACCCCAGCCCCAGCCCCUACUCUCCACUCCAACCCGCCUACCUCCAAUCUCCACCCCAGCCGCUACCUCCAUUCCACCCAGCCCAGCCCCUACCUCACACCUCCACCCCCGCCCCUACCUCCAACUCCACCCAGCCCCUACCUCCAACUCCAACCCAGCCCCUACUCAACCCCACGCCAGCCCCUACCUCCACCUCCAACCCAGCCCUACGUCCAAUCCAACCCAGCCCUAUCCUUCGCAAUCCACCCCGCCCUACAUCCACCUCCACCUCCAAACCCAGCCACUACCGUCCACUUCCACCAGCCCCUACGCUCACCCUUUCCAACUUCCACCCCAGCCCCUACCCGCCAACUCCAACCCAGCCUACCUCCACCUCCAAACUGCAACCAGCCCCUACCUCCACUCCAACUCCCCACCCAGCCCCUACUCCCCCGCAGCCCAUACUCACCUCCACCCAGCCCCUACCUCACUCCACUCACCCCAGCCCUACCUCCACCUCCACUCCACCCAGCCCUACCUCCACCCCAGCCCCUCCUGCCACCUCCAACCCAGCCUACUCCACCUCCCACUCAAACCAGCCCCUACCGUCACCUCCACCCCAGCCCUACUCACCUCCAACUUCACACCAGCCCCUACCUCCACCCCAUCCUACCUCCACUCCAACCCAGCCCCCUACCUCCACCGUCCAACCCAGCCCUACCUCCAAACUCCAACUCCAACGCACAACUACAUCACCUCCAACUCCAACCCACCUACCUCCCCUCCAACCCAGCCCUACCUCCACCUCCAACUCACGCCAGCCCUAACCUCCACCUCCACCUCCACCCAACGCUCCACCUCACCUCCAACCCAGCCUAACCUCACAACCUCCAACCCAGCCCCUAUCCCCUCCACCACCCCUACCUCCACUCCAACCUCCACCCAGCCCAGCCCCUACCUCCACCUCCACCCAGCCCCUACCUCCACCCAGCCCCAACCUCCACCCCAGCCCUAUCUCCACCUCCACUCCACCCAGCCCCUACCUCCACCUCCACCUCAGCCCCUACCUCCACCGUCCACCCCAGCCCUUACUCCACCUCCACCCCAGCCCUACUUCCCACCUCCACCCCAGCCCUACUCCACCUCCCACCCGGCCCUACCUCCACCAGCCCUACCCUCCACUCGCUCCAACGCCCACCCCAGCCCCUACUCCACCCCAGCCCCUACCUCCACCCACCCAGCCCUACCUCCACCUCCACCCCAGCCCUACCUCCACCUAGCCCCUACCUCCACCGCCAGCCCCUACUCCACCCCAGCGCCUCCUCCACCCCAGCCCCUACCUCCCUCCACCCCAGGCCCUACCUACACCUCCACCCCAGCCCUACCUCACCAAAGCCCCUACCUCCACCUCCACACAGCCAGCCUACCUCCACCCCGCCCCUACCUCCACCCCAAGCCUACCUCCACCAGCCCCUUUUACUCCACCCCCGCCCCUACCUCCCCUCCACCUCCACCUCCACCCCAGCCCACUACUCACCUCCACCCACCUACCUCCACCUCCACCCCAGCCCUACCCUCUGAGUCAGGGUGA